UUAAAUUUUAGUAUCAACAGUUAUGUACAUAAUGAUGUAGUUUAUUUGUCUGACAUUUUUAAUGCUCUUUGUAAAGGGUUAAUGCACCACUGAAAUAAAUAAUGUUAGCUUCAAUGUCUCUAUUCCAUAAUAUGAACCAUAAUCUAAUGCAAUGAUAUAUAAUUUGCAGAGGCUAUGUUUAUUACCAUUUCACCUUAGCUGUUGUUAAUGAUUGCAGAUUGAUAAUCCUUAAUAUAGUGUUACAACAAAUAGCAUUACUUUUGCAUGAUUUUAUUUUGUGCUCUUGAUCAUUAAUGGUGGUUACAUGAUGGUCCAUUUUCAAAGAGUUAACAGUUAACAUCUGCUUGACAGAUUAUCUUUGUAACUGUUAUUUAGCAUUUUCAGGAGAAAAUAAAACUACUUUAAUCAAUAAGUCUUUAAAAUAACAUACCACUUUAUCAUAGAUUUAUCUUAGUGGGAAAUAAGUAGAUGUAUAAAGAAGGAAUGGUUAAAACCAUUGACCAUUUACAACAAUCAACAGAGCCAUCACACAUUCAUACCUCCACAACCUGGCAGAUUGUUAUACAACCACAAUUCAGACUCACACAUGAUCUAAAUUUGUUCACACACAGUAGUGUUAUACCAAAUACCAUCAAGCUGAGAUAGCUAGGUUAUAUCCGUGAUACAAUGAUUGACUGGAUAUAUCUAAAUAGCAUCUGCAGCAUAAUGAUUGUCCCUGGAUACACUUAGCUAACACAUUGGUGACAUGAUUGUGCACAGAUAAUCUAAUUAGCAUAUGGUCUCCCAUUGCCUGUGGUCUACAGUGUAAACUAAACACAUCCAGGUACAUUUAUUUUGUAAAGAUAAUUACCUUUUUUAUGCAUGUUGGUGUUUUUAUGCCAGUAUCUUAAGGGGAGGGGGAGGAGUUCCAAAUAUGUUUUUAUUUAAACAGUAUCUUUUCCCAAUCAUAAAUGCAGACUUAACUUGUUAUGGUUUUUUAAUUUACAUAGGCAAAGGUAUAUAAGUACAUAGCACAGGAAACAGGCAUCAAGUCAAAGUCACUAUGAUUUCCUUUUUUCCUUCCCAAACACAAACGUGCACAUGAUAUUGGAGGAAACUGGAGUCCAUGGACAAAACCAUUAAGAGUUCAGCAAGCAAUUGUCAUAGAGACCAAACCUGCAAAUCCUAGAGACAGAUUCCAGACAGCUGACUAGCAUGAUCUCCUUUACUUCCACUUUAGCAGAAAAUGUUAGUGGUAAAGUGCGCAAAUUGGAUUUAGCAAAGAGUCGUGUUGUUGAAUGCUCCCAGCGAGUUGAAGACAUUUUGGAUCUUAAAUUUUGUACAGAUGGAGUGCAAAUAGCUCUUCAGAAUGAAGACUAUGAAAAGGCUGCAGGUCAUGUCCAUCGUUUUCGAAACUUGGAUGAGACUGUAAUUCGAAUCAGUGCAGAGACUAACGAAGUACCUGGUGGAACACUUGAUACAUCUUUCAAGCAGUUGUACGAGUCAGAGGAGAAGCUCAAAAACAUUGUACACAGUAAAUUUGAUGCAGCUGUUCAUUGCCAAGAUGUUGCUUCAGUUGAGCGGUUUUUCAAAAUAUUUCCUCUUCUUGCCAUGCACAAUGAAGGGAUUACAAAGUUUGGAAAAUAUCUUGCAGCCCAGAUCUCAGAAAAAGCAGACAACAAUCUGAAAUUAGCUUUGCACACUCCUGAAAAUGACAAACGAGCGGCAGUAUUAUUUGCUGAUACCAUUACAUUACUGUUUGAAGGCAUUGCUCGUGUUGUUGAGAUUCACCAACCUUUGGUUGAGACUUAUUAUGGGCCAGGUCGACUGUUUGGAAUGCUGCAAAUUCUUCAGAAAGAAUGUGAUCGGCAAGCCAGAAAAGUUAUUGAGGAAUUUAAAUCCCAGCGCAAAUAUGAUGCUUUGGUGAGGCAGGUCCAGCAAAGCAUGUUACUGCAACAAAAACAAACUGCUGGAGAAAGGCUAGAUCCACGGGAGCUUGAUGUCAUAUUGUCAGAAAUUGCCCUUAUUAGUGCUCGAGCAGAGCUGUACAUGCGCUUUAUGCGACGACGAGCCCUAGGAGAUGUUGAGCUUGCAAUACAAGAAGUCGAGAAUCGUAAAAGUACAGUGGCUGAAGUUGAGAAGUUCUGGAAUGGUUGUGAGCUGAGUCGCUUGGUGCAGGAGCUAAUCAAUGUGUACAUCAUGAUGGAGGAGUAUUUCAUGCGUGAGAUGAUCCUAAAGGCAGUCAGCAUGGACUCUUCAGAAGAGGGUCAGCAAACCUCCAGCAUGGUGGAUGACACCUUUUUCAUUGUCAAGAAAUCUGUUAGAAGAGCCAUAUCCAGUUCAAAUAUAGAUGGAGUGUGCGCCAUGAUCAACCAUGCAUGCACAGUCUUGGAGCAGGAUUUCCGUGAAGUGCUGUACUCUCGUCUUCGUGCAGGGUUUCCAUCAGGAUUUGAUUUACAGCAUGCCUACAAUAUUGUUCAGGCCAGCAUCACCCAGGGAAAACUACAAAGCUCUGAUGCUGAGAAGGUCAAGGCUCGUGCUAACUUUCUGAUGUCCUUGAACAAUGCAGAGGUUACCUGUGAUUACUGCAAGGCACUGAAAGAUAAUCUUGAAGAUGAGGUGUCAAAACUGUUUACCCAGUGCUCAGAACAAAGCAAAGCAAAACUGGAGAGUUGUCUUGGAGACCUUGGCACAGUGUCAGGUCGGUUCAAAGAUGUAGUGGAUUUUGGCUUCUCUCAGCUAACAACCAGUGCCAUCAAGCCUCGGAUUAAACCAGUAGCAGAUGCCUUCCUGUCCACUAGCCAUAAUAUCACAGAGGAAGAUUUUUCUAAUUAUGAGGCCAAUGAUCCAUGGGUGCAAAACAGCAUAGUAACUCUUGACAACAUGCUGAGUACUUUCAAAAACUCAUUGACAAGUGCAAACUACGAGGCAUUUGUGAGCUUGGUUACUACAGAAGUCACUGCACAGCUUGAGAAAGCUGUGGGUAAGACUACUUUUAACAGACUUGGUGGCCUGCAGUUUGACAAAGAACUAAGAGGGCUGGUUGGUUAUCUGUCGUCAGUCACCACUUGGACAAUUCGGGAUAAGUUUGCACGCCUCACUCAGAUGGCCACCAUCUUAAAUCUUGAACGGGUGUCAGAGAUAAUGGACUACUGGGGACAGAACUCUGGACCGUUGACAUGGCGGCUUACCCCUACUGAAGUGAGGCAGACACUGACCCUGAGGAUAGACUUCAGAGGAGAAGACAUAAAGCGUUUGAAAUUAUAAGAUCAAAAGUGGUUGAGCUUCUAAUGUUUUGUGCAACGAACACAAAAUGGACAAAUCGCCAAACAUAAAAUCCAGGAAGGAUAUUAAAUUUAUGUUGCCCACAGAUUUUUGUGAGAAACAGCAACCUGUAAUCAAAAGCAGCCAAAAGAAGGAGAGAAAGCUUCAUCUGUAGGUCUCUUUGAAGGAUAUUCUAAGUUUGAGACCAUGAGAGUUGCAAGUCUUUCUUAGAAAUUUCAAAAGAUGAAAGCUUGUGUUACACCCCAAAGAAGGAUGCCAUUCUGUAGACUUCUUUGAGAGGUAAAGGCCUCAGAUCCAGGACCAGGAAAAAUGUAAAUAUGUUUCAUUUGUAAAUAAGUGGAUGAUGAAAGCUACUUCUUGUACAGAUUGAUGUGAGCGAGCACAGACACAAGACUCUAAAUCCUGUAUUUCUGGAAGUAAAGAGUAACUUCUAUUUUGCUCAUUUGUUUUAUGGUUAUGCAGACAGCAAUACAAAAAAAGAUAAUAAAGAGAGAUAAGAUCUUCAGAGACUUGAAACACAGAGAAAGAGACUCUAGUUGUUCGAACAUGAUUUAAAUCUCCAAGACUCUUUGACGCAUCUGCGUGCUUUAUAUAGGGACCAAUAUGGUCUCAAAUGAUUGCAUAUUACUCUUGCAAAGUGGGUGUAAGUGGUAGGAUACAGUUCUCAUCUGAAAAGGUGUGAAGAAAGAAUAUCCUAUAGCAGCACUAUCAUUCCAUCGUGGCAACAGCUAUUUUUUUCCUUGUUAACUAGCUUUUGAAAUAAAAUGGUUGGAGCAGAAUUUCUUAAAUUUAUGCAAACAAUCCUAACUAAAUAUUUUUGUAUUCUGAGAGUUAACAUGUGAGAAGAAUGUAAACACUUCAUGCAACAAACAUUCACAGUUGUGUAAUGUAUGUACAUAUUCAUAUUAAAAAUAUCUGUAUCAUAACUUCAGAGAAAAAGAACAGUAGACUUUAUACCUAUUUAUACAAAUCUAGUAGCUGUGAGGAAACAUCUUCACCCCAUUCCUUGUAUAUACUUAAAACCCAACAUAUCGAUAUUUAGCAGAUAUGGAGAAGCAGCUGACAGACAAGAUCCCAUAGGUAGAAAAAUGUUUGGAAGUUAUUACUUGCUUAGGGUGCCCUUCAGAGUAGUCUGAACAUUUUUUACAUGCCUUGUAGAAAAGAACGUUUUUGUGGUAGUCUAAGGGUUUGCUUUGGAACUUCUUCAGUCUGUUGCCUGCCCAAAAGAAAGGAAUAAUUUUAACAAUGCAACCAGUCCCAUGAUCCUUGAGACAGAGCUGAUUGUAAGAUAUGGAGCUUGUGGGCUUUAGCUUGUAUGUAUGAUGUCGUUGUUUACUGUGCCAUUUGUAUGAGCUAAGUGUUAUGUGUAGGGUUUUUUCAAAAUGUGUCUAAAUUAUGGUGUUUGGUAAAGAUAUCUGUGAAGAGCCUGAAGUAUAAAAGAGGUGCUGGGAGUUAGAUUGGUUAAAAACUCAGAAAUGGUUUUAAGGAUGUCUUAUUUCAUGAUAAAAUUAUUUUAGUUGGUGUUUUUUCAUAUUUCUUUCCUUUGCUGUUGAAUUUCUUGUUAUGGCUUGUGAGGUGUUAACUUGGGGUGAUCUGUGGAUAAUUGCCUUGUUCGAAAGUCUUUUCAGUCAGUAAUUAUAGCAUUGAAUAUAGUAUUUAAAUAUUUAAUUAAAAAAACACCUGAACUCUUCUAUUUAUAUUUAUUGAUAACAAAUUAGAUACUUCCACAAAAAUAGAAUCUGUUUUGAUAGCAAAUUUUGGGAAUGUUUAGGUGAUUUAUUGACAGAAAACCAUUUCAAAGUUUCCACAAACUCAUCUUACUCACCCCUUCGUUAAGGGGAUUUAAUGAUUUCACAAAUAGACUGCUUUAUUAGAUGGUGGAUGACAUUUAACUCCUAAUAAUAUUAAUAAUAAGUAAUAUAGCACCAUAUCUGAACCAAUAGGCAAGCUCAUGGCGCUUUACAAAAAAAUUAUAAUAAUUAGCGUUUCAUAUCUAUUGCUUUAGAGGUUGUUUAUAAAUUUUUUGUGCAAUGAAGCCAGUGGGAUAUUGGUGCACCAAGAAAACUUACAACACUGCAUGCAAAUUUGUGCAGCGGACAUUUCCAAAGAGAUAUGAUGAUCCAACUAAAAAAAUAGCAUUACUGGUUUCUGCUUACUGAAAUUCUAGUUUGGUGAAUUAGCCAUCUACCUCCAGCCCAACGCACACAAUGCCACAGCUGUUAAAAGAAAGUCUUUUAGCUUAGACAAAACUUGUACUGUUCCAAAGCGUUGUUUUAGCAUUCCUGUAUCUGUUAUAAAGUUUAAGAUUUUGUUUUUAUUUAUACAGAGAAUCAUCUCAGAUUUUGACUGCAGUAUAAUGGGGAAGCUAUGCAACAAUGUGCAGUUUGAUAAACUGCCUCAGAAUGUGUCUCCUUUAUAAAUUUUUGGUUGGAUAGGUAUUAACAUGCUGUUGUUACUGGCAUCUUAUUGUGAUGGAGCUUUUUUUCAUAAUUUAUAUCAAUGGUUUGUAAAUGAGGUGGACUGCUGUGACAAAGUGUGGUGGAAUAUGGUGGAAUUGUGUGUACAUGAACAUAUAUAACUAUAUGUGUUCAUCUACUAUCGGUAUGAUUUUUUAAAAAACUUUUGGAACUGUAAGAUGAUUGUGUGAGAGUGUGUGUGAAUGCAUAUGUAAGUGUAUUUACACAAUGACCGCAAGACACAUAAAAUGUGAAGAGUAAGAAAAAUGAGUGUCUAGGUGAAGGAACUUUACAUGUGUAUUUCUGACCAGAGAAUGGAAGUGCGUAUUUUAUUUCUCUAAAAGAAAAUAAUGGUGCAUAAUGCAGGUGGCUUUUGUGUGCAUAAAUAGGAUACACUUAAUUGUCAUGUUUUGGUUGUAUAACCAAAAAAAAAAAAAAGUUAAUGAUUUGGUUAUUAAUAGUCCUUUGCCUCGCUUACGUGGGAAAAAUAAAAAGGCAUGUUUCAAUAAUA